AUGGAUGAAUUUGGGGAAGGGGAACAAAAAAUUCAAGAUGAGUUGAUAGCUCGAGAAAUUGUCAUUAAUGAUGCUGAUUCUGCUGUUCGCUACAAACUCACAAAACGUCAGACCCAGGAAGGGAUCCAAAAGUGCACUGGGGCCGUAGUAAUAACAAGGGGCAAAUAUCGUCCUCCAAGCGCAGCCCCCGAUGGUGAAAAGCCACUCUAUCUUCACAUUUCUGCUGGUGCACAUAUAAGUUUGGAGACGACAGUGAAACGGAUAAAAGCAGUUGAUCUUGCAGCUGCCAUGGUUGAAGAGAUGUUGAAACAAGGUUCUAUCAACAAUGUUGGAACGGUUACUAAUCAUCUGAGCACAUGUGUGUAUCUGGGUUUUGAAGCAGACCCAUCCUUGAACAUCGCUGCUCGUAUUCGUGGGCCAAAUGACCAGUAUGUAAAUCACAUUAUGAAUGAAACAGGAGCAACUGUCUUACUAAGAGGACGUGGUUCAGGAAAUUCUGAAAGUGCAUUUGGCGAAGAAGGAAAGCAGCCACUGCAUUUAUACUUGUCGAGUAACAAUCCAAAAAGUAUUGAAAGUGCAAAGCUUUUGGCUGAAAAUCUUUUGGAUACAAUCAGCAUAGAGUGCUGUGCCUCUAGGUAAUUAGGUUUAAUUUUUGCUUAUGUUUAUAUUAGAGUAUAU